CUCGACGGCGUGUUGAGGCUGGCGGGGUGGCCGGAUGGCGCGAUACGAGGCUCCAAGCCGCCUCUGGAAUCACCAGAAGCUGCCGGUCCGCAUGCCCUUCCCCAGACCGGACAGGGUGCCACGUGCGGAGGUGACUCGGGUGCUGGGGAGGCCCUGCACUUCAGCUUCAGCUCUGCCUCCAAAGUCUGGAUGCAACGCCCGCCCUCCCUUUCUGGCCUCGUCUGCCUCCCGACUGUCUGCCUGGUCCGACAAUCCGUGCCAACUUCCGUGAUAAGCUCGUAGCACUUCCGCAUGAAGACCUUCGCCCUCCCUCGGCCCGUUACCGACGAUGACAUUUCUGCUGCCGAAAAGCUGAAGCGUGUCGAGAAGCUGGUCGACGAGCUUCGCGAUGACUUUGAGCACAUCAAUCUGCUGCCUCAUGAGCGGAAUGCCUACAUGGAGCAGCUCAAAGUCUUUGGGCGAAAUCCUGACAAUGCCGACCCUAUAUUCACCCCACAGGGAAUCGAGAUCUUGACCCACCACAGCUUCCACAGCACGUCGCUCACUACCUCCAAAGCAGCUUUGCAAUGUUUAGCCAACGCCUUGCUCUCCAAACCGCCCACGCGGCAAAUGUUCGUCGACCUAGGCUAUAGCGAACGCGCAGUAGGACGACUGCGAAAACCGAAGAAAGACGACGAGUUUCUGAUGUCCCGCAUUCUUUUCCUAACCUCGUAUGGGACGACCCAAAGCUUCGAGAAACUGAUCGACAAGCAUCGUCUCGCCGAUCACAUUAAUGAUAACAUCGAACGCCAUGCCAAGAAGAAACGUCCGACCUCAAAAGACGACGAAGCUCUCUCCGAAACCCUCAAGCUUCUUUUCAACGUCACCCACUUCUGUCCCACCCGCACCAACCCUUUCUCUAAAUCCAUCUCACCCAUCAUGAAGAUCCUUUCUCGACGUCCUGUAGUAACACCCCCCUUACUCGCCCCCAUAAACUUCCUAAUCAACUCCCUCAUCAACAUGGACUUCGAAGACAAAAGCCUCAUCAACUCCAACCUCAAACCCUGCGUCGAAGCUCUGAUAUCAAUCCUCGAUGUCGCGCUCCGCACCUACGGCGAUACCGAGCUCGACGCAACCGUCACACCCCUCCUAACUCUCCUAAAGCGUCUCGCAAAAGUUUCCCCUCCGCCCGUAAUCGCCAUCAUGAAAGCCUCCAUGCUCCCCGACCCGCCCAAGAAAGGGGUCAUCAGCAAAGACCCCGCCCUACUCCACGUGCGGCUGAUGGACUACCUCGCCAAUCCGCGCUCCACCUCCCUCUACGACAGCAUCAGCAGCCUCUUCUUCGAACUCUCAGGCGGCGACGUGUCGAAAUUGACCGGAGAGUUUGGACUAGGCUUCUCCAGCGGGUUCCUCAUGACCCGGAAUAUGCAGAUCCCAGCGAAGAACUCGAGCGUGAGGAGUAGUGUAGCGAGCAUGUCUGAUGAGUCGACCAAAUCGCGGUCUGUGGAUUUGACGGGGAGGAAGCCGUUGCCUGGUCUGCCAAAGGACAGGAGUAGUGCGGCGGCGAAGAGGAGGACUAAGGGACAGGGGGAGGAGAAGCUGAUGGUGCUUUUUGAUCGAUUGAAAAUGACCGACAUAACCAACUACGACGACCCGCGCAUGCAAGCGGCCGCUGAAAGCAUGGUCGUGGAACUGGACUCGGACGACGAUGGGAUUUAGUCUGUUAUCCCCAAAAAUCGGCGUUUUGAUCCGGAUCUAUUUGUGGGAGUUCUAUCGGGGAGGAAUAUCUCGGUGCUGUAUACCAUUUUGAAUCACGGAAUCUGGGUAUUUUGAAGGUGGAUUUCGAAUAUACAUGUAAACGAUAGUGGAAUUACUAAUAGUUCGUCAGCGGAUGUCGUAUCCUACCAACUCC